UGAAGAGACUAGGAGAUACUCGUUGGAGUUCUCAUUAUGGUACGCUUAUUAAUUUGAUACAUUUAUUUCCUUCUGUCAUUGAUGUUCUUAAGUAUAUUGGAGAAAAUGGUAAUGAUGAUCCACAAAGGGCUGAAGCAAUUGAUAUGUUAGAUAUUAUGAAUCGAUUUGAAUUUGUCUUUGUGUUGCAUCUUAUGAAAAAGAUUUUGGGAAUCACACAUGAGUUAUCACAAGUUUUACAGAGAAAGGAUCAAGAUAUUGUAAAUGCUAUGAAUCUAGUUAAAGUCUCAAAAUGUCGUUUGCAAGUGAUAAGAGAAAAUGGUUGGGAAUCUUUGUUACUUGAGGUAUUGGAAUUUUGUGGUAAAUAUGAUAUAACUGUAUCAGAUAUGGAGGAUGUCUAUGUAGCUAGAGGGAGAUCAAGGCGUAGAAGUGAAGAAAUGACAAAUCUUCAUCAUUAUCGUGUUGAGUUAUUUUAUUCUGUGAUUGAUAUGCAGUUUCAAGAACUUAAUAAUCGAUUUGAUGAAGUGAAUACAAAUUUGCUUUUAUGCAUGGCAUGUCUCGAUCCUAAGAACUCAUUUUCUGCAUUCGAUACGAGCAAAUUGAUUCAACUCGCAAAAUUUUAUCCAUGUGAAUUUUCUCUAGUUGCUCUAAUUGAACUUGAAUCUCAACUUGAGAACUUUGUCUUUGAUAUGCGGAUGGAUAAGAAAUUUUCUAAAGUGAGUGAAAUUGGAGAUCUUGCUGAGAAGAUGAUUGUUACAAAAAAGCAUAUUGUUUUUCCUUUGGUAUAUUUGUUAAUCAAAUUAUCAUUAAUCUUGCCAGUUGCUACAGCCACAGUGGAAAGAGUUUUUUCUGCAAAGUAUAUCAUUAAGAGUUUACUUCGUAAUAGAAUGGGAGACGAGCUACUAAAUGAUUAUUUGGUGACUUACAUUUAAAGGGAUGUAUUUGCAAGUAUUGACAAUGAAGUUAUUAUGAAU